AUGCCCGUUAAGGUUGAUAUUACUCCUCCACCGCCAGCAAAUUCAAAACAACCUGGCGUGACCAAGUCCCUACUUUACAACGGAUCGAAAUUUCAAGGGCAUCAGAAGUCUAAAGGAAAUUCGUAUGAAGUUGAAGUUGUUUUGCAGCACGUCGACGAAGAAAAUUCAUACCUUUGUGGAUAUUUAAAAAUAAAAGGUUUAACAGAAGAAUUUCCGACUCUCACAACAUUUUUCGAUGGCGAGAUUAUUUCUGCGAAAUAUCCAUUUCUUACGAGAAAAUGGGAUGCGGAUGAGGAUGUUGACAGAAAGCAUUGGAGUAAGUUUGACUUGUUUGUACCAUAUUUAAAGACAUUCAACUCAGACUCAUUUGAUUAUGAAUCACUUGCAAAGGCUGAUUAUGUGUUUAUGAGGUGGAAGGAACAUUUUUUAGUGCCCGAUCACACAAUUAAGGAUAUAAAUGGUGCUUCUUUUGCUGGCUUCUACUAUAUAUGCUUUCACAAAUCGGCUGCAACUAUAGAAGGCUAUUAUUAUCACAGGAGCUCUGAGUGGUUUCAAUCAUUGACAUUAAGCCAUGUACCAGAACAUAGCAUUCAAAUCUAUGAGUUUAGAUGA